UUUGUUUAUUUUACGUUAUUUGAAGAGAAGGAACGGAUUACGCGUUUGCGUAUGAGAGAGUGCUGUAGACAUACAAAAUUAAAUCAAGUCUAUUAGGUGCAAUAAAAUAUAUAUAUAUUUUUUUUUUGCAAAAAAAAAACCGAACGAGCUUCCUCAAUUUUGACAGGCUUCCGCAGGGUAAGCAAGUAUGGGCCGACUUGAUGAUGCUGCCAAACACAAAGUGGUGGAGCUGCGGAAAGCUGGUCUCAGUUUCCGCAAAAUCAAAGCCGUACUGGAGCUGGAGAACAUCAAAGUGUCUGCUCAAGCCAUCUACCUUUACCUGAGGGAGUUCCAGGGGAGGCCACCAGGGAGGGUUAGACCUCCAGAGGCCAGAGGAAGCUCAUUGGCACCACAGCCUCAGGUGCAAGCUGGAGCAAUGCAAGAGAGGUGGAGCAAUGCUCAUCUUCAGAACAUUAGACAGGAUAGGCCCCCGCGAGCUGAAUUUUCAGCUUCUACUGAGUUCUCCAAACAGGCAUCCACAAAUUCAGGGACUAACACAAAUUCCUCUGGAUCUGGGGAGACCAGCGGAAGCAGCUGCAGGUCAGAGCAGCAGCCUGCAGGAAAUAAGGAGGAAAAUGACAUCCAGAUUGUUAGUGUCACCUCACUUGCACAGCCUGGCCAGCAAAGGGGGACCCAGUUAGCUGUGUCAAGAGCAGGGACUGGUCCAAACAUGUCUUCCACAUUAACUGCUUCUGGAGGAUUCCUGAGAAGGAGAGUCACACCUUCUCCAGCCACCAGUUCCAUUUUAGCCGCUCGAAAAAGACUUUUGGACAGAGCCCUGUCACAUAAGACAAAGUCAUUCCACCAGGUGGCAGCGUUGUUGAGGAGGGAUCAGCCAGGUGUUCAAAGCUCAGGUUUAAGCAGCUCUCUUCCACAGCAGUCUGAAACCUAUGAUCUGACUGCUGAAAAGAAUGUUAUGGAAGAGCAGCCAGAGGGAGAUGGCUCCCCCCAACGCCUUGCUGCACAGAGACCAGGACAGAGCGUCCGCUCCCUUCACCCACCUCCACGUAUUGGGAUUCGCCUUCCCACCCGCCUGCCGGCACCUUUGACAUCCCCUGGCACUCUCCGCCUGCCGUCCCCCAGGAAUCAAGGCCCCACUACUCGUAGUGAGGGGAAUCCAAAUCCGCCCCAGGCAGUCCAGGAUACUAGAGGAAGGGGAAGUUUACAGGACCACAUUCAGAGCCUUGGCUCUGAGGUGCGCAGCCUGGGCCUGGCAGUGAAGAUGCUGGUGGAACAGCAGUGCCGCCUUGAGAGGGAGCAGUCACAGCAGACACAGAUUCAAAAGCAGAUCCUCAGCACUCUCCAAACACUCGCCUCUAAAACAGGACUCUGUAACAGAGCUCCGCAGCGUCUCAACAAAACUCCUUCACCAUCCUCUUUGCCAGCGGCCUCUGCUGCAGCCUCUUUUGGCCAAGACACCUACACUUUUAGUCAAAGCCCGUUUUCACAAUGCAGUCAGACUCAGCCGGGCUAUAACUCUUUAGAGAGAUUAGAAAACAUAGAGAGCUUUAAAGUUCCAGGGAUGAGCCCUACAAGCAUAAAUGGGUUUCCACCAUGUAGCAACACAGAGAGCCUUACUCUGAAUCACACGCCCUCUCAGACACAAACAUAUCCAGCCGCCUACCCACAGCAAACCAGUCAAGCACUCAUGCCACCUUACACACAGUCGUACAUCUCUGCCUACAACCAGACACAAACUCAGACGUUCAGAACGCCAGAGAAUAAAACUGCUGAUUUUUCCAGCAGCUGUUCUGGGAGGACUUUCACGGACUGCAGCGGGUCAAGCCAGCAGGUCAUGAACUCCACUUCACACAACCAGCCGCUCAGUAGCAUCAAGGUAGAAGGACCUUAGAUUUCACCACGUUAGUGAUCCAAAGAACUUGAACUUGUGUCUUUUCUAAGUUGUUGUUGCAUUGUCACGUAAGGUACAUAUGAGGUUUUUAGGAUUAAUCAUAGAGGUGGCUUUUUAAUCACUUAUUUUGAGUUUUAUUAUCAUAUAAUACAAUAAAAGAUUAACAGAUUUGAAAGUUGUUAUUUUCAUACAACUCUGAUUUGCCUUCAUCGCAGUAUAAAACAAAUUGUUACGCCUUUUACUAACACAAUUUCAGUUUGUUUUUAUAAGUUUGUCUUGUAUUAUCUGAUAAGCAGCAGCAUACAAGAUUAAAAAAACUGAUCCAAUGUACUGUUGUGCCAGCUUACCAGAAGAUUAUGAAUAUAUCAAAUAAUUGAA